CACCACAAAUUUUCUUUUCUGUUUCUUAAAUCGAAUUAUUUGAUAAUAAUGUCUGGAAGAGGGAGAGUGAAAUCGGAGCCGAUGAAAGUUGUGUUCAUUAACACACAGUAUGUUGAGACAGAUGCUCGUAGCUUCAAGACCGUUGUUCAAGAACUCACCGGUAAGGACGCCAUCGUCGCCGCCGGUCCUUUUGAUUCCCCCUCUGCUACCGACGGCCGUUGUUACGGUGGGGGUGGUAAAAUCGGUGAAGAUACUAGACAGCUCUACGGCGGUGGCGGAGGAGGAGGAGGAGAAGGACGAGUGGGGACGAUGACCGAGUUCGAUAGAUUAUUCAAAGAGAUGCCUCCCUUGGAAGAAUUGUAUAAACUAUGGUCAGAAAAUUGAGUCAUUAAUAAUUUCUGUGUUAAUGAUUUUAAAUCAUUCGUUUUCUUCCAAAAUCUUUCUUUUAUCUACUGUUGAUUGAUUGACUGAUCUUAUCACUAAUCUGGAUCGUCACUCUGAGAUUUAGGUCCAAUUACGAAUGUUAUGUUUUGGAAAGUAUAAUAUAAGUUACAUUUCAGU